AUGACAUUGAGCAGAGUUCACCAACAACUAAUUGCAUUUCCUGGAGUCAAGACUGCUCCAGUGUGUUACUUGCCUGACCCAGCUUCCAUCAACAAGCUCCAAAUCCCAACAUCUUCCAAGAAAUCUGAACAACAAACCAAAGGAAAACCGACUCUGCAAAAGAAGAAAACCGGUGGCUUCACAGAUGGAGCUAGAGAUCAGGACAAGUUAGGACCAAAACUAACCGAGACAGUCAAGAGAAAGCUAUCCUUGGGAGCUAGGAUCCUUCAGAUGGGAGGCUUAGAGAAGAUCUACAAGCGGCUCUUUAAAGUCUGCGAUGAAGAGAAACUAUUCACGGCGUACCAGUGCUACCUAUCAACAACUGCGGGUCCUAUCGCGGGCCUACUCUUUAUCUCAUCAAAGAAGAUUGCGUUCUGCAGCGAGAGAUCGAUCAAAGUGGCUUCUCCUCAGGGAGAUCUCAUCAGGGUUCACUACAAAGUUUCAAUCCCUUUGUGCAAGAUCAAGGGAGUGAACCAGAGUAAGAACACGAAGAAGCCAUCUCAGAAAUACCUUGAAGUAGUCACGGUCGAUGACUUUGACUUCUGGUUCAUGGGAUUCUUGAGCUACCAGAAAGCUUUCAACUGUCUCGAGCAAGCGCUAAACAAUGAUGAGCAAUGA